GUUGUUUGGAGGUUGGCAGCGCGGGGCUGGCGGCCCAUAGGCAAAGCGAUCAUGUCGCACAAACAGAUUUACUAUUCGGACAAGUAUGACAACGAGGAGUUCGAGUACCGGCAUGUUAUGUUGCCCAAGGACAUAGCCAAGCUGGUCCCUAAAACCCAUUUGAUGUCUGAAUCUGAAUGGAGGAACCUUGGCGUUCAGCAGAGUCAGGGAUGGGUCCAUUAUAUGAUCCAUGAACCAGAACCCCACAUCCUGCUGUUCCGGCGGCCACUACCGAAGAAACCAAAGAAAUGAAGCUGGCGAGCCACUU